AUGGCUGUCUGCGCUGCAUCUAGACGACUGACACUGUCGAAUGUCCUUCAAGGUGUCUACCGUACGGAGCUUGUUCGACAACAUGCAGAUCAUUCGGUCAUCAACUUAUACACUCAUCGAGUGACAAGACCGUCCUUAUCGAGCUCCUGGCUAUCACUAUCAAACAGAUCCUUUUCUACCUCCCAAGCCUCAAGCGGGGCGAAUUUUGUGAUUUACGAUGCCAUAGCUACGAAGGCUCCUGAUCGUGACGUGCUCACCGAAUUGACCUCCACGAAAACCGAAACCCCGGGUGAGACGCAAGAAAAUCCAAAGUCUACAUCGGAGAAACCAAAAAGUGACGACAAGAAGAAAAAAGGAACGAAGAAAAUCAGCACCAAGAAAGCCGAGUUAGAAACGUUAGGCUUUGCGAAGAAAGUGAAACGGCCACAUUGGCAGACCCAAAAAGAAGCGCUCGAGAAGAAAUUCGAGGAAGGCUGGCAUCCACGUAAAAAGCUUCCACCAGAUUCUUUAGACACAAUUCGCCAUUUACACGCCACGAAACCCGACGUAUGGACCACGCCGGUCCUUGCAGAUCAAUUCAAGAUCUCGCCAGAGGCCAUUCGACGGAUCCUGAAAAGUAAGUGGCAGCCGACGGAAGAAGAGAGAGAAAGGCGCGAAGCAAGAUGGGAGGAACGCUAUAAAAAGAUUUAUAGUCAUAUGGCGGAGCUGGGCUUGCGAAAAAAGAAGGGUGAAUGGGUCGCUAGGGCAUCGGACGCUCGUGCCCUGGGGUUGGAAGAAAAGACUAUACGGCGAAAUGUCCGGAGAAGGCCCCAGGUAGCGCCUUCAGAGCCUUCGGAGGGCACGAAAGUGCGUUUCACGAGGCCAGACCGUGGGGAUGCGCCGAAGGAGUCCGCUUCAUCAUGA